AUGGAUUAUGUCUGUUUAUCUAUCUAUCUACACUUAGUACCUACCAACCUACCUACCCAUCUAUCUAUCUAUCUAUUCAUUCAUCUAUCUAUCUAUCUAUCUAUCUAUCUAUUAUCUAUCUAUCUAAACCUAUUUAGUCUGUCCAGAUCUAUUAAUCUAUCUAUCAUCUAUCUAUCUAUCUAUCUCUCUUCAUCUAUCUAUCUAUCUAUCCCCAGUCUAUCUAUCUAUCUAUCUAUCUAUCUAUUCAUCUAUCUAUCAUCUAUCUAUCUAUCUAUUCAUCUAUCUAUCCCCCAGUCUGUCCAAACCUAUUUCUUAGUCUGUCCAGAUUCAUCUAUCUCAUCUAUCUAUCUAUCUAUCUAUCUAUUCAUCUAUCAUAUUCAUCUAUCUAUCCCAAUCUAUCUAUUCAUCUAUCUAUUCUAUUCAUCUAUCUAUCUAUCUAUCUAUCUAUCCCAGUCUGUCCAAACCUAUUUCUUAGUCUGUCCAGAUCUAUCUAUCUAUCUAUCUAUCUAUCUAUCUAUCUAUCUAUCUAUCUAUCUUUUUAAAUUUGAAUUGAUGGAUGUCAAAAUCUGUUCAUAUCUGUCUCGCUAUCUGUCUCUGUUAUCUACCACUGUAAAUUAUCUAUCUAUCUAUCUAUCUAUCUAUCUAUCUAUCUAUCUAUCUAUCUAUCUGUCUGUUCAUUAUGUAUCUAUCUACCUCUGUAAAUUAUAUUGGUAUCUAUGUUCAUUAUCUAUCUAUCUAUCUAUCUAUCUAUCUAUCUAUCUAUCUAUCUAUCUAUCUCUUUGUUUAUCUAUCUAUUCAUCUCUGUGUAAAUUAUGUAUGUAUCUAUCUACCUCUGUAAAUUAUGUAUAUCUGUAUGUAUGUAUGUAUGUAUGUAUGUAUGUAUCUAUCUAUCUAUCUAUCUAUCUAUCUAUCUAUCUCAGUCGGUUUCUUUCUUUCCAUCUCAGCCAUUUCUUCAUCUAUCUAUCUAUCUAUCUAUCUAUCUAUCUAUCUAUCUAUCUAUCUAUGUGUCUACGGCUAACUCUUUCUUGCAAAAUUCGCUUUCUUUCCUUCGCAAAUCCGCGUGUUUCUCACAUUAACAAAUCCUUCCCAUUUUUUUCUUUUUUUUUUUUUUGCCUUCUUGUUCCUCUUCUGUUUUCCUUUAAUUUUCAUCAGACACGUGUGCGGGCAUGUCCCAUUAUACGCGCAUGCGCGUCACUCUAA